AUGUCAAGAGAUGUAAGGGCAGAGAAACUAGCCAUAUCACUAUUGAUUUUAUCAUUGUUUCUAAUAUUCCAAUUAGUGGCUGAGAUUUAUCUCAAUAAUGGUGAUCAGUACCAUACAGAGACUAGCCCCUUUACAAGAGGAAGAUCACAUGUAACGCGUGUGCCCAACCAUGAUGCUAGUUUAUCUAUACCGUUUUUGGACAAGAUCAACCAGUUUUGGCAUGUAGGCGGUGCCACGCAAAUUAGGAAUAUUCAGUCGAUCAAAUUGACUCAGGACCGUGAUCAAGAUAAACAUGGAUUAGUAUUGUCCAAUGGAAUUGGCGACAACACCAUCAAUGACUUUGAGAUUGUUUUCACUUUCAGAAUUUCUCACGACCCCACUACACAACUCACUGGUGAUGGAAUGUGUUUUGCCAUUACGCCCGAAAAUGGGUUUCUCACACAGAAUUUACAGUCGUCGUAUGCGAAAAAGCAAUACAUGAUGAAUUCUCAGGGCGUCAUAGCCGAUAAUACAGAUCUGAUGGGCUUCCCGAAAAAUCUGCCUGGCCUAUUUAUUGUCUUGGAUACGUAUCGCAACCAAGGCCACGACCAUAAGGAGGUACCCUUUAUGGAUGUGUUUAUAAAUGUGGCCCCAGAAAGCGAUUGGUACGAUAUAAAUAGUGAUGGUGAACUCAGUACAUCGCUGCGGCUUAAUUCAAGAGGCCACAUAAAACUCAAGAAAAAUGCCCUGUGGAAUCGAGUCACGAAACUAAGAAUAAUAUAUUUGGAAAGUAUAAGCUUCCUGAAGAUCGACGUGCAGUACGCAAAAGAGGGAAACUACUGGAUUGAGUUAUUUCAAACAACCGAAAAUCUGUACUUGCCGAAAAACAUGCACACGGGGCAAAGAUACAUUGGCUGUAGCGCAUUAAAUGGCCAAUUAACGGAGACAGUGGAGCUGCUGGACGUAUCCACUAGCGAAUUCCAUUGGAACGACAUGGAUGCGUCCAUUGAGGACACCUAUGAUUACGCAAAGGAAGCUGAGCUAUUCCUGGAGCAGGAAUUUGGCGAGGUCCUUGACAGGGAACCCGAUGAGUUCACCAAAUGGAAAAUGAUCAAAGCUCAACCAAACAUCAAGACUGGGUCACAGUCAGCUGAACAGAAAACUUCAAACAAUCCUCACUCUCGGUUGUUCAAGGUCGUGCUGACCAUAUGGCAUUAUAGCGAGAUUUUGCUAUUGAUCAUGGGCAUUUAUCUUUUUUCUGCUUGCAUAAGAGUUUUCCAAAGAAGGUUCAAAAAAAUUAGAUCCAGAAGAAAAAGGGCAGGCUCGCAUUCUGUGGGGCUAUUGCCCAUGUAG